UAUUCCUCUCCCCUUAUGAGCUGAGUCUAUUGAGCUGCAGGUUGUGAGCCUAGAGAGGAAGGCAGAGGGAGGGGCGACUGAGACAGAGCUGGCUGGUGUCACACCCCCAGCUCCCCUCCCUUCAGCCCAUUGGCUCCGGCCUUUAUGAUGUCAUUGCGUUCUAAAAAAGAACCCAGAAAACAAUCGGCAUUGAGAAAAAACAGAUAUAUUUUCUGAUCCUAUUUAAAGGGAAAGCGCCAGGCACCGGGACCCAGCCGCAGAGCCAGAGUCAGGGACUGCAGUUCAGCUUGAAGCCUACCGAGAAGACAUGGUGUCGCCGGUCACAGUGGGCUGGGCUUGAACCCUGACUUUUCAGCACAGAUGUCUACUACUUAAUCUACAGGAAGACAGGGCUGUUAUUCCAGAGGUGGAAAGGACUGCAGGGGCCAGAUGCUGGGCCUGGAGGAUCGUUGGGUACCCUGGCCUGUGAAGAGUGAAGGCCCCAAGCUGGUGCCAUUUUUUAAAGCCACUUGUGUCUAUUUCGUCCUCUGGCUGCCAACUUCCAGCCCUUCCUGGUUCAGUGCCCUCAUCAAGUGUCUGCCCAUCUUCUGCUUAUGGGUUUUUCUGCUGGCACAUGGAAUCAAUUUCUUAGUCGCACAUCGAAGCGCCAAUAGGAUCCUAGCAGGGUUAAUAUUCUCCGCAGUGGGGGAUGCCUUCCUCAUCUGGCAGGAGCAAGGCUACUUUGUUCAUGGUCUGCUGAUGUUUGCCAUCACACACAUCCUGUACUCCUCAGCAUUUGGGAUGAAGCCUUUGGACCUGAAAGCUGGCUUUGUGAUGACCCUUGUCUCCAGCUUCUGCUAUACCUUCCUGUACUACUACCUCUCAGGCCCAUUCACCUACCUGGUUGCUGUCUACAUCGCUUUGAUCGGCUUCAUGGGGUGGCGCGCCAUUGCUGGGGUGCAGCUGUGCAAUGACCUCUGGACUUGGACCAAGCUUUCAGCCUGCAUCGGAGCAGUGCUUUUCAUGGUGUCAGAUCUGACCAUUGCAGUUAACAAGUUCUGCUUCCCGGUGCCCUACUCACGUGCCAUCAUCAUGGCCACUUACUAUGCAGCCCAGAUGCUCAUUGCACUCUCAGCUGUGGAGAGCAGGGAUGAAGAGGACUUCAAAAAGAGGAAUUAGAUGGAGCGCCAGCAGGCUCGUGAACUGCAUGGAUUAUAACUGGGGUGCUGUAGUAGCAUUAGUUGCUGAAGGAGAUCUCCAUCUCUCAAGGUGCAUUGGUGAUAGAGAUUUUGCUUCUUUAAAGCAUUAUCUUUGUUUUUUUUUUUAAAUCUGACUCUCCUUGAAUGUAAUUUACUUCAGUGUGGAGACCACACUGGAAAAUUUAGACUGCUUCUACAGUAGCUACUCAUUGACCUUUUCCUCUUGGAAGCUUCAGGAGUCCUCUCUAAAACAUUGUAUUUGUUAAUCCUGAAGCUGGUUCUGAAUGUUAUGGAAGGAGAAGGCUAAUUUAAAGAGACCGUGAAAAGAGGCUAGGCAGGUUAAGAGGCUUGCCUUCCAGCCUGGGCACACAUGUCCGAAUCCCAGCUAAGGUGAUAGGGAUGUGACAAUGAGCUUAGGUGGUGACUAGACUAGACCCCAGUUGUAGCCAUUACAAAGCCACUACACAGGGUGCAGCAACCGACAGCCUCUGCUCAAAGAAAGCCCAGGAGUAGCAUAGCAAGAGGAUAGGUAGUGCAGGUCAGGGCUGAAGUACAUUGGUAAGAAUUGGGUGGUGGGAAACUUGCACUGUACCGGAUUCUAACCGGGGCUCUUUUGUGAAUUCCAAAUUCAUGCAACUUCCUAUUUAAAUGCCAUUCAAAGUUUCUGCCCAACGUGAAUGCUGCUGAGCAUUUAGUAUGCUAUACACUUGCAGAAGCAACAACAGAAUGCAAUAACAUUCUGAACUUUGAGAAAAUGGGAAACGAAAGGCAUUCUUUAAGCAGGCUGGGUUACGAUGAAAGGAUACGUGCAUGAAAGUUAAUGAGCAAUUUUAGCAGGCAACUUUCAGCAUUUGCUUGCCUAGGGUAGUCCUGUGGCCAUGUGCUAAGAUAUAUGAUGGAACAAUGGGUCUGACUUUCAGCAUCAGACCUCACCCCCUGUUAUCAGUAGCUUUGUUGACUGAAUUAAUAAGCCUGGUAAACCUCCUGCACCUCCUCCGUAGGUGUUGAGAGCUCUUGAAUCAGUGACAAUGUUUGUGCCAACCCCAAAAAACUCCAAAACAAAGGCAAAGUAUUAAAUGCACACUGGGAUACAGCAUACUUUGAUCACUGUGAAAUUACUGCAGACCCAAGUUUAUAGAUGCGUCAUUAGUGUUAACGGGCAAUGGUUUUAACUGUGAGCUUGGCAGAUUUUCAGGGAAACCUAUUUAUUCAAUUAAGGCUAGUAGGCUUCUCUGUAUGUGCAUGUCUACACACUUGACCCUAUACAUAUGUGCACAGUAGUAUGGUAUUAGGAACCACCUUACACAACCUGAGUUGGGGUAUUCUGUGCUUUGCAUCACACUUUUGGAGAUACAUUCCACUAAGAAAUCAUAAUUUAUUUUUUCCUGGGCUCACAUUCUAUCCAUAAUGUGGGAAUUGGGAGACUGGAAUUUGACAUUUAAGCAUUUAUUGCUCAGUAUUUACAGCUGCUAAUAAGUGAGAAUACUUUGCAUAUUUGCACAUAUUUAAUAUACGCCUUACUCGGGGUCUUUUAUUUGUCUGUGAGCAUUUUCCCUUACCUACAAA